CAAUGUGCAAAACAGCAGUUAAAAAAGUCUUCCUGGUUGUGUCAAGAUAAUUACUUUGUUGAUUUAAAAGCGCAUUGUAGAUUAUAUUUUCUUACAACCUAGCGACAGAAAAAUUUUCUUCCUUGAUCAAUGUGUGCAUAAAUCAUAAAAUUGAAUUAAUCGAUCGAUCAGGAUUUAUCCAAGAUUUAUUAAGACAAAAAAUUGGACUAGGACAUGCUUUUAUAGAAUUACAACCGUAAAGGCGCGUUUUCAUACAGGUUAUUUCUUUUGACUUACCUCAAGUAAGAUUUUAACAUUUUCUCUGGAUAAAAGGUGGACACGUGGUGACAACCUAUAUUUCUGUGGAUGACCAGACACAUACGAAAAUCAGAAUCAUGCAUAUUAACCUUUUCUUGCCGAUGAUAUUCGUUUCAUUUGCCAUUACUCUCGGAGGUACAGAAACAGACUUCGAUAUACAUGACACAUUAGAGGCAGGCACAAACUGCAAUUUCACAAUAUGGAACCAAAGUAAGACCUUCUUCGAGAGUAGACUUAUUGCUUUUAAACCAAACUUUUUGCACUUUACGCUAAAUCUGAACUAUUCUUAUAACACAACACCGGGCGUAUUCCGACCUCUUCAUUGGGUAUGGACUUACACUUCGCCAACUGCAAGUUAUCCGUACCUAGCGUGGAACAUUGAUCACGGACUACUUUCAUUUGGACUACUUGACGUGAAAACAAAGAACAUUCCGUUUGUGAAACUCAAAGUACAAAAUAAUUGUACGGUUACCUUUGGGAGUCAAGGUACAACAUUGGGUAUUGUAAAAGCUUUGACUGAUCUUAUCAAAAAUAUGUCUGACCAAAGUUAUCACAAAUAUGAGCAAAGUUAUUUUUGUUAUCUAGCAGUGGCUCCGGGUAUUCGAGAGAGAACUGAGUAUUAUGCGGCACUUUAUUUAAAUUACCCAAUUGCCUACUUGAAUUACAACUGUUGCAAGGUUGCGUUCAGUUACGUGCAUAAUUCAUACCAGCAAGAAUGCGACUUUAAUCAGCAUGAGAAAUGGAUCCAAUGCACACUAGGACCAUAUAUUCUUGGACUUAUAAUUUUCAUGUAUUUUCCAAUCCUACUUUUGGAAUUUUGCGCAUGGUUAUCCAAAGAUGAAAAGAUCUAUCGACAGGAAGCCGAGAUGAUAAAUAAGACGAGGGAAGAAUAUGAACGUUUAAACAGAGAUGAAAGAGAAUGGGUUUUCUUGGAUGGAAAAGCGCCAAUAACACUGCUUGAGUCAUUCAAUUUCUUAUUCUGCGGUCUAAAUCGAACUCACCCAAUAUUGGUGUCAAGAAUACGUCGACUCAUCUGCAUUUUGCUGGCACCAUCUAUCAUUUUCAUUCAGUUAAAAAUGUACGCAGACGGAAUUGGAGUUGAACAGUCAAAAAUAACUGUUCCUGAACUGGUUAAAGAGGGAACGCCAAUGGGAUUUCUCUCCCUUCUUGCCGAUAGAGAAGACCGACUAAAGGUUUUCGCGCCACUUUUUGGCGGACCAAUGUGUCUGCUAAUCAUGUACUACGUCUUGGCUAUCGUAUUCCUCGUUUACCCGCGUAGUCUAAAGCAGAUCGUAGAACGAGGAAUGCCGAAUACUGACAUCUCGUCUCCUCUCUUUCUACACGUGGAUGAGAUUAUAAAACUAUCUAUGCUGUCCGUGACACCAGAACCAGGGUACGAAAAUGGCGCUGCUGUGUGCAAAUGUGCUAUAUACAUGUUAUUCAACAAGAAGUAUUGGCUCAGAGUGCUUGAAAUUCAACGAGCUCGCUUUCACUUUAACCAGUAUAACGAACCAAAGCUCAUAUGUUGUUUGAAAUAUGCCAUUCUUCCUUUCUACCCGUUAUUUUGUUUACUUGAAAUCCUGUUAUGUGCCAUUUACUAUGGAAUUCCAGUAUUUGGAAUGGUGACUAUAAUGGUGAAAGGUGCUGCCAAAUCGUUUUUCAUGUUUCGAAUGCAGAACAGAUAUGUUUCUAUGAUAUUUAGAAACACGUUGUCUGUUUUCCUCGGCACAGUUAUUGUACUGGCUCUGUUUCUGUUCUUCGUUUACUCUGUGUGUUUGAUCUUCGUUCAAAGCUUUUCCUUCAUCUCUCAGAUCAUCGUCUUCUGUUUUGUCGCAGUGAUUGUUUACCCAUCAGUGUCUUUUGGUUAUUUAUUUUUCUUCGUUGUCUUGUUGUAUUAUGUCGUCCGUUUGGUUAAAGAUUUCGGGGAUGGUUAUUUAGAAUUGUUGUCGGUCGCUGUUGAAAAAUCGCAUGAUAUAUACAGUCAAAGUAAUCAUUUGUCCGUGUAUGAUGGCCAGCUUCUUCUAUCAAAUGUACAAGCUCACGAGAUAAGGGAAAUUCGUGUGAACGGUCAGCGACUUGACAUUCCUCAGAAUGUUUUGCAGAGACUGGGCAAAGGGAACAUUGUGAAAAAGGUCUCAGAAAAUGACAAUGUAUUUGGAAUACCUAAACGCUUGUUUGAUGUAAUUGUUCAGGCACACAGGCCAGUACAUAUCCAGGUCCUCAAAAUACUGUUUCAGCUGGUAUUUGUCAUAUGCCUCGUCACCAUAACGAUGAGCAUAACAUCGAAGUUUGCAACAGGUGCAACAUCAGAGAUUUCUGACGUCAUGCACGUGAUAUUCAUCGUGACCGUUGGAGCGUUGCCGCGCGUGCUUGAAGUAGCGUUAAUGAAUUCAAGCGAAACCGUAAAGCGAGAAAUCGAAAUAAGACGUAUAGAACAGACGAUAAAAGACUACUGGCUUCUUGAAGCAGAAGAUGGUUUCAUGUUUGAAUCAUGAGGAAGUUUCAAUAAUAUUUUGUCUACUUUUCGACUUUAAAAAAUGAUCAUAUGGGAAUUAUAUUAUUGAUUAGCAGACAGCUUGUAAAAAGACUAGGACGGAGUAAAGAUGAUUUUCAUAAGGCAUUGAUUAAUAAUAAAACAUCGUUCUUUGUUGGACAAUAUUUCGACUAGUUCAAGGUCUUCAGACAUGUAUCUUCUUCUAUAGUAGCGGAUGUGUAAAAUGAUGAUGCCAAAUUGUAAUGAUCUGUAUACCUAGCGUUAUCACUGGAUUACUGUAAAUACCCUGAAAUCCCGAAGAUAAGCCGGUUUUGAAAAUAAGCCGGUCUCAAAAGUAAGCCACCAUUUCACUACAAGCUAAAAAGGCAUAUAAAUUAGCCGCACUCAAACUUAAGCCGUUCACUUUUUUUUUGUAUCAGAAAUAGAAUCAAUGACCUUGUUAGGACACCAUAUAAGAUAGCAAAAGUUAUUGUGUUGAUAAUACAAUGCGGUGUUUAUCACGUAUUUUAUAAGUUAUUCACACCAGUUUGGGGAUUAAAUCACAGGUGUAUUUGUUUGUUAGGCCAGACAGAACUUUUUAAUGGGUAAUUAUCUGUGAGCAUCGGAUGAUAUUCAUUAAGAAAUUGUCACAAAACCGGUAUGUCAGAAGUAUAAAUAUUUAGCGACAUCCUUGUUUUCCUAAAAUGCGGAAAAAGAAAAAUGACACCCGUAUCUGCAGUAUUUUGGUACUCGAAACUACGCCGGUUUUUAUUUCAUUACCGGAUAUAUGUACUCAAAAGUUCGCCGGACUCAAAAAAAGUCGGUCUCGAUAAUAAGCUACCAAAUCGUUAUGAACAUUUAAAAUAAGCCGCGGCUUAUUUUCGGGAUUUCAGGGUAUAUCACAGUAUUUCACGUGGUUAAGGCUUAAUGAACAAUAAAAAUGAUAGAGUGAGUGUCAUUAGAUUUUAUUUGACAAUAGUGAGCUCUAGGCUAUGACAAAAUUAUCAAAAUAUGCAAAGAAUGAAAAGUAAGACAGUGGCAAAGACACAGUAUGUAAGAUAUUCGAGAUCUUGGUAUUUGUAAAUUGUGUAAAUAUGUUUUUGUUUACAUUUGUAUUCAACUAGAUAGCAAGUUUUAUUUUGUCAGUUCACUUCAUAAUUGUAACAUUUCAUAGCAAGUGAACAAUUUGUAUAGAUUUAUAAAUAAAUGGGAUGAAUAUGCGGAGGGCAUGUUCGUUACACAAAGUAAAAUACCUGGGCCGUUCCACGAGAAAACCUGUAUCAGUGACAUGAUAUAAUGAUUGCAUUACAUAUAGUUUUAAAGUACUGAAAAUUGUUUUUUUCAUGUUCAUGAACUAGAAACUAGAAACUGGUACACUGUAAUUCAGUCAGUGAAGGCAAAUAAAAUUCUACCAUAUUUUACAAAUAAAUGUGAUUUGUGUUGUCAUGACAACUGAAAUUCAAUCAAACCCAUGCGCCAUGAGAAUAUAGAGGUGAAUAGAUAAAAGGCCCUUGAUGGCAUCAAAAAUACACGGCUCAGUAAAAUUAUUUUAUCCUGUUUUUAUAUAUUCAAAGGUAUAAUGUUUAGUUAGUGAUACACAUAAUUUGUCCAAUAAAUGACAUGAAAACUUCACGCCAUGCACGAUGACGUCAUACUACUUUCAUGAAGUUCUUGUCACAUCUCUAAAUGCCUUCGGUGACUCCCUUAAAACAUUGUAAGUCUUGAGAUAGUGAAUAUACUUUUUGUCAAAAUUUAAGAUUUGAACGAUAAAAGAAUGUUAUUCAUGAAUAUGUUUUUAUCUCAAUUAAAAUUCAACAUCAAUACAGGCUUUGUCACGGAAUGGCUAUUUGUUUUCAACCUAGUUCUGUGUUCACAUUUAGGACUAUUCAGCGAUGCUACCAACUGCAUUUCAUUAGAUAAUUAACUAUGGUUAUAUUACAGUAUUGACAAAAAUAAAAAAAGAUAAAGUUAACGUUCGUUUCGUCGGCGCCGGGAUAUCUUUUAUGUGUUUCGAACAUAAGAAAAAAUUCUCAAAAUUUUACUAAAGUCUUAUUAAAUCAAACGUCCACAUUUUAAAGACAUAGUUACUAGCUCUAGUAGACACACGCGCGGAUAUGACAGAAGUACUGACCUCCUUGCCUACUUUACAUGUCAAAACUACAUUUAGCAGGUGGUAAAAGACUGUUCUACUAUCCUUUUCCUAAGUGUCUGUUGAUAUUUUGCGGAAAGCGCUACUUUACUUAAUCCAGUUAAAAAUGACUUGUCUAAGUUUAAAUUCAUAAUAUAACAUUAAGUGCAUCAAAGACAGCAAAAUGAGUGCUUUCCUCCCCACAAAGUAUCUACCAUCAGUUCUCAGUACUUUUCUGAUACAUUUCGCCCAACUGCUUUUCGUGGACUGUGUUAAUAACGUACAUACUUUCGCAAUUGAGAGAAGUGUUUAAGAAUACUACCGAAAACUGACUGCGGACAUUUUGUGCGGAGGAAAGGACUCAUUUCCCGUCUUUUACGAUUUUUAUCGUAUGAAAAUCCGUCAAGUAAUAAGGAAAUUAUGGACAAAGUCUUGUCUGAAUCGGGACAUUUUUCUCCAUGUGUACGAUACCCAAAAGUCAAGCGGGUUGGCCACCCUGGUAUAACUGUCAAGUAAAGUUACAUACCAAAUAAAUGCUCAAAAAGCAUUUUCCCAUUGACUAACAUGCAUCAUUAAAUGUAUAAGACCGUGUUAUAUAAAUUUCUCAAAGUUGUAUAUUGCAUAUGAUGCCCCGAAAUGAAACAAACUUGUAAAAUUAUAUUAUUUUGCGUUGAAGUGAUGUACGCCUACACAAUUUAAAUUUUCCCGUCAGAAAUUUCAAACUUUUAUUAAUUUAGUACAACGUCUUUGCCACCUUUCAGACCAGUUCAAGCCAAUUUUACAAGAAUAACACAAAAAUAUGCAGAAAUCAGUUAAAUUGUAUACAUUGAUAAAGAACACAAAGUUACAUGUCAAUGUUUGACAUAUUAUCACCGAAUUUAUAAUUAACCCGUUAAUUUUUUGGAAAAGGAUAUUCAUAAAAAUCCAAAAGUUCACAAAACAAUAUUAAUUAGACCUUUAAACAUAGAAAAAAAAAGCUUGAAACUUUAUCAACAUUUUUAUCAGUGUUUUCCUAAACCACACAUUUUGCUCUGAGUUUGAGUAUGAAAAUUACACAUACAUGUACCAGUAUUUAUAAUUAUUACUUAUUAUUACACAUAUUUAUGACGUAUAAUUACACCAAACUGAAAAGUUUUUUAUCGGAUUUUUUUUUUCUGAAUAAAAAUGUGGCGGCGAGCCCCAAAAAAA